UCUUUAUGUAAAGGACAAUACAGCGAAUUCGGUGUAAUGAAAUCUUGAAAAUCUGCGAAUCUCAUCGCUAAAGAGGCACCAGUCAGAAAUCGACGUAGCUAUUUUCUACUCCGGACUCCGGGAAAGAAAAGAGAAAGACGAAGAGUGGGAUGUAGAAUACAUUUAGUUUGAUACAGGUGCAAAUGAAUGUGGUCCCCGUUUUCAAGAGCAACCGAAGAGCCAGUUUAGUCAGUAAUCGUUGAAUCUGCGCUCCGGUAACAUCGACUGUCUUUGUGUGAAUCGAAAUCGAUUUAAUACUGCCCACAUGACAAUAACAAUACUUUCGUUCUGAAAGCCAUAAUGAAAAGCGCUGCAAUAUGGAUACUUUGUGCAAAUUGUUUGGCAGUUUUAGCACAAAGUGUGCCUGAUUUCGCUCCAAAACAAGAUUUUAUCGACAACGUUCAGGAUCAAGUAAUUCAAUCGCAAGCAGCCAACACUCUUUCUGAUGUACAACAAAGAAAUUAUGAGAACAAUGGUAACUUAAAUCUGGACGGUACUCCGUUCACGGAACCCUAUACCAUCGAAUAUAAAUAUCAUAAUUAUGACAAAAUGACAAAAUUUCUUAGACAGACAACAGCUAGAUAUCCAUCAUUAACUGCUCUCUACUCUAUUGGAAGAUCAGUUCAAGGAAGAGAUCUCUGGGUUAUGGUGGUAUCGGCAUCUCCUUAUGAGCAUAUGAUCGGAAAACCUGACGUAAAAUACGUUGCCAAUAUGCACGGAAAUGAAGCUGUUAGUCGAGAGCUCAUGCUUCAAUUAAUUCAUUACCUUGUUACCAGUUAUUCAUCGGACCCAUAUAUACGUUGGUUGUUAGAUAACACAAGGAUACAUAUAAUGCCUUCCAUGAAUCCAGAUGGUUUCGAAGUCUCAAAAGAAGGAACGUGCGAUGGAAGCCAAGGGAGGUACAACGCUAGAGGUUUCGAUUUGAAUCGAAACUUCCCAGACUAUUUUAAACAAAACAACAAAAGGACGCAACCUGAAACAGAAGCCGUUAAAGAAUGGAUAUCAAAAAUUCAAUUCGUCCUUUCCGGAAGUCUUCACGGAGGAGCCUUGGUGGCAAGUUAUCCGUUCGAUAGCACUCCAAAUUCCCGAAUAUGUAGAUCGUCAGCGUUAUGUUCUAUUUUCCAGAGCUAUUCGGCGCCAUCUUUAACACCUGAUGACGAUAUCUUCAAGCACUUAUCACUCACCUAUUCUACAAAUCAUGCUAAAAUGAGCAGUGGGGUGUCUUGUAAAACAUCACGUACUGCAUUUAAAAGAGGAAUCACUAAUGGAGCAGAAUGGUACCCACUAACUGGAGGUAUGCAAGAUUAUAAUUAUGUUUGGUACGGAUGUAUGGAAGUUACCUUGGAAGUAUCGUGUUGUAAAUAUCCCCCAGCGCAUGAAUUACCGAAAUAUUGGGAAGAUAAUAAACAGGCAUUGAUUAAAUAUUUGGCUGAAGCACAUCGUGGUGUUCAAGGAUUCGUGAUGGACGAAAACGGCAACCCAUUGGAAAAGGCAUCCUUAAAAAUAAAAUCGCGUGACGUUGGUUUCCAGACUACAAAGUACGGUGAAUUUUGGAGGAUCCUCUUACCGGGCAAAUACAAGAUGGAAGUAUAUGCUGACGGUUACAUUCCCGAAGAAAUUGGAUUCUUAGUAGUCGACCAACAUCCUACAUUACUGAAUAUUACGUUACGAGGAGCUAAGAGAAAAGAAGGACAAUUUUUCCAUCCUCAACCUCAACAACUAUACCAUCGACCUGUAUAUCAACAACAGCAACAACAACAACAAGCACAAGAAUCUGGUAUAAUUUCUUCGAUAACCAACGGUCUAUCGAACUUAGUAAAUUAUUUUGGAUAAAAAAUGCUACUGUACCUUUAAGAAAAACUGAAACCCCGUAGAAUUGUCUAAUUUAGAACUUUGAGGCGAGUUCAAAAAGUAGUUUAAAAAUGUGAAAUUUUCAAUAGUAAUUUAUUAGAACACGUUAGAAGUAGGUUUUAAAAUGGACCUAUAAGGUCGUCAUUCAGGUUUAAAGUAGCGAAUGUUAUAAUUAGAAAGGUUUUGCAUUACUUAUGACGUAGCUGAAAUACUGCGUCAUCUAUUAAAUCUAAUAAAUUGAUUGGCUUACAACGUUUUAAAUACAUUACAAGUCAAAAAUGGGAGUAAAGUUAAACGCUAAUUGGCCUGUACAUUAAAAUCAAUUCGGGAUUUACUUGGUAAGUGCAAUAACAUUGAUUAUGAAGAAACAAAAAAAAAAUACAAAUUGGGAAAAAAUAAUUACCUAAAAUAGGUUUUACAAUGGAUUCAAGCGAAUGGUCGGAAAAGCAACACUUGAUCUAAAAGUUGUACCUACCUAUACGAUAAAUAAAUAGUUCCUGUAUCACUGUAGUGAAAAAGUAAAAUUCCAAUUUGGUCUGAUUCUAAAAAUAUUUGAAAUUUGUAAUAGUAUUUUUUUGAUUUUAUUUUUGAAGUUAUUUUUAGAAUCUAAAGUUUUUUUAGAGUUUAUUUUAUUUUUAAAGCUGUUAUGACAAAAAAGGAACAAUACUACUUAUUUUCAG